UCUAUCAGUAGCGCCCCGUCUACAACGGAUUUGUAACAGUGAGUGUCUAGUCACGUCAUUUGUUAUAGCCUGAAAUAAUUGAGUCUGGUCGCGCACACUGAAAUUCGACAUACUCCCCUAAUCCAUGCCGUUUCAUUAACAAAAGACUCUGGCUGGAAGUGUGGUAGCUGGUAUCAAAGAAGUGGAAACGUUUCAGCGAAACUAAAACAAUGAAGGUACCAAGUACCCUUUCGAGUUUGCGGGAUCCCGCUGAAAUGAAAUGUGUGCCGGGACUUACAGCCGAAGAUGUCUUGGUUAAAAAGGAUAAAAUCAGAGGCGCCAUCCGGGUGAAGGAUGUUCCUCUUCUCCGGCGACUGUCGAUUGAAGCUGGCGGCCUUCUUGAGGACGCGUUAAGGGAGGAUGCAUGGCCAAUUCUGCUCGGUAUCGAUCAUUCGACUACGACUUGCCGCAACAGCAAACCUACAAGACAGCAACUCAAGUCAACGCCCUUUCAUGAGCAGGUUGUACGAGAUGUAAAUCGAACGAUUCGCCGCUUUCCGCCUUCGAUUCCACGAAAGAUGAGGCUUAGCCUUCAGGAAAGCCUGCUUGCAGUGAUCUCCCGUGUCCUCACGGCCAUUCCAGAACUGCAUUACUACCAAGGGUAUCACGACAUUUGCGUAACAGUUCUUCUUGUGGUCAAUGGCAACGAAGAGGCUGCCUUCAGGAUCAUGGAGCAUCUGUCUCAAACAAAGUUACGCGCGUUUAUGGAAUCGUCGAUAAAUGGAACCACUCGCCAAUUGGGUAUUAUCUACCCCUUAUUGGGUGCCGUCAACCCUUCACUACGAAGAUUUCUCGAAAACACCAGCUGCGGAGUUGUAUUUUUGCUGCCAUGGUGUCUGACAUGGUACGGUCACGAACUUAGCCAUUAUCCAACAUUAACAAGAUUGUUUGACCUGUUUAUGUCCUCGGUCGACCUAAUGCCUGUAUACCUAGCAGCGGCUAUCGUUCUGCCUCAUCAAGAAAAAUUGCUCAAACAGGAAUGCUCGUUGGCGAACGUUCAUGCCUAUUUGGGUCAGGUGUUACCACUGCUACAGUGCUCGCGUGGCGACAUGGAAGACCGAGUAGUGUUUGCAAAAGAUCUCCUGCGGCGAUUUCCACCAGCAAGUUUGUUCACCAUGGAGUCGGAUCAUCAGACUGGUCCGUUUAGUAUAUCUGAUACAUCAAUUGGCUGGGAGAAGGUUGAUUCUCUUGAACGAAAACAGGUCGCCACGUUCCUCCUUGAGGAUUAUGUGAUAGUCACCUACCGAAGAGAGUCCACGGAGAGUGUUGACUUUAAUGACGAGGUCGAUAGAGGAAGUGAUCGCCAACCUGUAGAGUUUAUGACAACUGCGUGUUGAAAAGGGAGUUACGUUAUGCUGAGUAAAAAGGAUGUUACUGUACGUCAUCACUUCGUCAUCAGCAGAUCUCGGAGUAGUCCAAUGACUUCAAACGAUUUAGUACCUUUGUUUUAAUAAUCUAUACUAUGGAUGAACAAAAGUAGUGAUACAAAUAUAUAUAAAUCUAACCUAAGCAUUACCAUGUCAUAUUAUGUAGGUGAUUCAGUCCUUUAACAUAUUCCAUGCGUCGAAGCGUUUACAACGUUUUUACGUAUAAAUAAACACGGCAGACAUUUCACUAAAGGAAAAAUAGUUCGAUAAAAAUAUGGCCAAAAACACGAAAGAACGGCGGGAUAUUAUAAGUGCCUGUGUGUUUGCGGAAGUUAUGACACUCAUUUUUAAUAACUUAAUGUAAUUUAAAGGUAACAUGUUAAAAAAAUAACGACAAAUGCGUUUAGUUAAAAUUCUUCUCACAUAUAAAAAGAUAAAUUUCAACAACUUUGUAUGUUGAGGGAAUGCGCAUAAUCGCAUGACUAACUAUGUAUGAAAAUGAUACAUCAGUAAGACAUUGAGCUGUUUCAUUAGCGUCAAAGAACGAACAGCUCGUUUCUCUCCUGUUUAACUUUAAUUUAUGCUUAGAGUAUUAAUGUAUUUAGAAAAAUGUAUGUCCUAAUGGAAUACGUCCGACAGUCGUGGCGCAAAGAUGCGGCAAGAUAUCAGUUCUAGAUAUAUAUGAUUCUACCAAAGAUAAUAACAAGUUCUAGCACAUUUACAAAAACGUUAAACGACAACCGUCCAACAAAGGAGCACCAGUGACACCUAAGGAUUAGAUCCGCCAGCACACAGGAUGCAUACGAAGGAGCAAUAGUGAAAAUCACAACUUAUCUAUCGAACAAAGUAAAGCGAGGGAUCAUCAAUCAAUGCUGUAAGUUUAUCCAUAUUUUGCAAGUAGUCGUCUUUUAUGUAAAUAUACCCUACGUCGCAAUCAACCCUCGGAUCAUUUGCUCAUGAUGUGAACGUUUUGAAUGUCAAAGCUACUCAAUAAAUGAAUCGAACUCUUAGAGUGAAGUGUUAUCGAAUCCUGACUGAGAAAGUAAGCAUGAUUUUGUCUUGCUCAAAAACGGAAUAAACCGUUAAUGGUUACUAGGUAUUCGUAGACGAAGAAAAAAUCGCUAUUUUCAGUACGUUUCAAUAACCACAAUGUCCGUGUGAUUCUUGUGCCAAAUAUGAUUCUUUCUAUAGAUAACUAUUCAGUAUGUUUCAACGCAACAGAAAACGGAGACUCGAGCAAAAUCGAGUCUUAUUGACGUAGAUAUUUGAAUAUAGAAUACAAGCGGCUACGCUGAGGUGGCGUAGAAUUUCUCCUGUAUACCACUGACGUAUAAGGUAUUAAAGAGAAGUGAAAGUUUGAAAUAGGUGCGCGAAGAUUCUAUGCAGCCUUUACCAACGCGGAUC